CUGACAGUGGAAGUGUUCAUGCCAGCACCGAAGCUUGGAUCGACUCGGUUGAGAAUGCUCGAAGUGAAGACUGGCGCGAGUCUGCUAUCACCGCUACCAACUCGGUAGAUCAACAUCCUCAUAUUGUGGCCGAAGAAGUCAAGAACGGCUCCCAGAAUGAGCAUCAUUCCUCCCCUCGUAACGUAGACCUGCCUCGCCUCAAAAAGGUUGCCAGCGGUGUUAGCCUUUCCGCUCUCCGGCCCUCUUCUACCACCCCUCCCGUUUCCGCCAACACUACUACCACCAUGAACAGCGAAUCCAUGUCUUCUGCUGCGACACACAACUAUGUCACCAGCAAGUUCCGUCCCGAGUCUCGUGGCGGUAUUACCACCGACAAUGAUGACGACGAUUUCCAAAGCGCGUACUCUACCAGUCCUAGGAUGAACGGUGGAAGUGCCAGUGAACUCGAGAGGGGUGGAAGCAUCUACGGAAACAGUGGCAGGCGCUCGAGACAACAGUAUAUUCCUGUAUCCGAACCCAACCGACUCUCCUUGGGACGCGCUCCCAGCUUUACCAGCACCACUUUGAGCACUGGUGCCGUGGGCGGUCUGGGCCUUACCGGAACCGACUACGACUCACGAUCUAGGGCGAGCUCGAUAGGUACUUACCUCGAAGCCUCUGCUGCCGACAAAGGACGAUCCCCAAGCCACAGUGGAAGUGACCACACUGUCGGUAAUCCCGAACCCGCAUCCGACUCUCCCAAGACCCGAUCCUCCCACCCGCCUGUCAGCAUGUCCAACCGUGCUGGACCCAACUCUACUUCUGCGUUCAUGCCACGAAAGGGCAGUUUUACCGCACCCAGCACCAACCUCAAUGGA